AUGGCCCCUGUCCUUUGCGCCAACUGCAAGAUAGAGCGUGCUCUUGUGAAGCGACCCAAGAACCACCAGAAGCUCUGCAAAGCCUGCUUCAUAUCAGUUUUUGAAGAAGAGGUACACCACACGAUAGUGUCCUCCGCUCUCUUCGCUCCCGGUGAAAAGGUUGCCAUUGGCGCAUCUGGCGGCAAGGACUCGACAGUACUGGCAAGCGUGCUUAAGACCCUAAACGAACGAUAUAGCUAUGGCUUGGAGCUUGUGCUUCUCAGUAUCGACGAAGGAAUCAAAGGCUACAGAGACGAUUCACUGGAGACGGUGAAGAGGAAUGCUGUCCAGUACGACAUGCCGCUGACCGUCGUAGGCUACGACCAGCUGUAUGGUUGGACGAUGGAUCAGGUUGUCGAAACCAUCGGCAAGAAAGGAAACUGCACGUAUUGUGGAGUCUUCCGCCGACAGGCGCUGGAUCGCGGCGCCAAGAUGCUGGGCAUCAAACAUCUUGUUACCGGUCACAAUGCCGACGACGUUGCUGAGACCAUUCUCAUGAACCUCUUGAGAGGUGAUUUACCUCGCCUUGGUCGGAGCACUAGCAUCACCACUGGCGACGAUUCCAGUGACGUCAAACGCAGCAAGCCGCUGAAAUAUUCGUACGAGAAGGAAAUAGUGUUGUAUGCUCAUCAUCAAAAACUCGACUACUUCAGCACCGAAUGCUUAUACAGUCCUGAAGCCUUUCGAGGCACUGCACGCACCUUGAUCAAGAACCUCGAGCGGGUGCGUCCCAGCGCUAUUUUGGACAUAGUUCGGAGCGGCGAGGACAUGGCGCGACUCGUUGCCGGCGCAUCCAGCAACUCAUGCGCGUGCAAGGGCGACUCUGGUCGGGUUGCCGAGGACGAUUACGCCAGUGGUUGCGGCUCGCAAAAUGACAACGGGUCAAAGGGGGAGAUCGCUCGGCUGGACGCUCAAUUGAGCCAGACUACAGGCGACGCAGACCUGGUAACAGACUACACGACAGCGGUAGCCGGAAAGACGAAACCCCACGCAGACAUAGUUGUUGGACAGCCGAAGCCCUCAACGCAGCAAGCGGCGACGAACGGUCCCCUUCAGAAACUGGGCAGUUGCGAGAGAUGCGGUUACAUGUCAAGUCAGGCUGUCUGCCAGGCCUGCCUCCUGGUAGACGGGCUCAAUAAGAAUAAGCCAGAGAUCCGCAUAUAA